CUGGUAUUACAUUUUCAACAAGCUAAAACAACAACUGCUGACUGGGGAGUCAAGCCACGCGCUACCACUGACACAGCCUCGGGUAAUGUUGUAGUUGGUUCCACGUCUACCGAGCAACGGUUCACCGAUGAGUUGGCAGGCCUACCUCAGCUAGCUAGCCUCGGACCACUAUUCCGAUCUACACGGGCUGAACGAUUGACUGAGCCAGAGGCCGAGUAUCAGGUGACUUGCGUGAAACAUGUGUUUACCUCCCAUAUCGUUCUUCAGGCUAGUCGUAUUUUUUGCGUAGCUCUGUCCACGGUUAGAGAACGAGCUUAG